UUUAAUAUUCGAAUAAUUUAUUAUAUUUACGAUUUUAACCCUGUCUCUUCACUUAUCAAAUUGGAUUCUGGGGGCAUUUUCGGAAGAUUGAAAGGACUUACUUGCUAACCUGGCGGAUCCUCAUGAAAACUACCAUGAACCACUCACGUAGGCAAUUGCCGCCCGUGGCGCCACAUAAGCGAAAAGAGAGAGAUGAAACCUUUGACUUUCUAAAGCCGUCAACGCCAAUUAUAAGAUCAUCAUCAUCAAAGCUAGCCAAGCCGAAGCCGUUUGCUCCUGGACCUCGACCCAUGGCUCCAAUCAAGCCAUUCAAAGCCGCAGAUACUCUUCCAGCCAAUAACAUUCUCCUAGCCGGAUAUUUGGCUCAUGAGUUCCUCACAAAGGGUACAUUAUUCGGCCAAUCAUAUGAUCCGGCUCAUGCAAAACCCGCACCGGCUUUGUCGGCUGCUAGUUCAGCCGGUUUUGGUACAAUGAAGCAGCCGACCAGUGGCUUUGUUAACAGGGAUAAAGGAAAGACCGUUGAGCCUGAGCUUAAAGCUAUGCAAAAGCUAAAGCCAAAGCCAAAGCCAAAGCCAAAGCCGAACAAGAAUGACAGUAAUUUUAGGUUACAACUGUCUAAGAAUCAAAGGUAUGCCCGGGUAUCGGAGCUGCUCAAGAAUGGGGCCCACAUACCGGGUAUUGUUAACCCGUCACAGCUUGCUCGUUUUUUAGACGGUAAAUGAAGUUUUUGUUAUCAGUUUAAUUCUCGGUUUUUAAUAGAAUCAUUAAAAUCUAAAAAGUGGUUGAAGAAAAUGUUAAUGAGCAUGAUAUGAAGUUUGAAAAUUGCAUGUGCAUUGAGGUGUUGUACGGUACAUGUAUCAAUGCUAUGACGUGUGUAGCGGUGCUUGUUUUUGUUGGUUAGUAAAAUAUUGAUGAUGUAUAAAAUGACAAUUUUGA